AUGACGAAAAACAUCCAUGCCCUCAACUUGAAGGGGGUGAUGGAGUCGCUCCCGCCGCUCGAGCAGCCGCCGCCCCCAGCCGACGACGCCGACGAGCUUAUAAACAUCCUCCCGUCAUACCUGAUGUACCACAGUACCGUGGGCAAAAACCUUACUCCGAGGCCCGAGGACCGACGCCAGGACCCUCCCAGUUACGAGCUUACGCCCCAGCUGAGUGUAGGGUCUCAAUCAUCGCUGGAACGACGUAAUCGUCUUGUCGACGAUCCCGACGAUUACGUCACCGGAGGCAACGCCGACGAACAGAGCUUGCUUGCCAACGUGUUCAAGCUCCCCCGACUCCAUCACAGCAACAAGAGCAUCUCGCUGUUGGUAUCUAUCGAUAUUGUGUUUACUGAACACAUUGGUAAAGUGGGUAUUCCUCCUAAGAUCAUUGACCCUUUGACUAAAGAAUGGCGCCAGGGUGAUUUCAUCUAUGGCUACGUGCUUGUCACCAACCACGCCGAAGAACCAAUCCCGUUUGACGUGUUUGCCGUCCAAUUCGAUGGCGUGGAAAUGCUCUAUGACGAUAAGUCUAACCCUUAUAUCCCGCUGACCCAUGAGAGUCUUUGUUCGAUGUUUGAUUUUAAUGCGCUGUGGAACGAAGGGUUUCUUGACCGGUUGCUGAGUGAAGACAAUAACCCGUACCACAAAUCGCUGGUAGGUAAAGAUCCCGUGGAUAAUACCUUUGUCCACCUUGACUCCCAUAAAGUGUUCGUCCCCCACGUCACCUAUAAGAAGUUCUUUGCCUUCCGGUUGCCCGAUCGGUGCUUAGACAGUGUGUGUCGCCACGGCAUCGACUCCCACCUCCAACUUCCCCCUACUCUCGGGAGGUGUAAACACGAACGGAUGCUUGUGCUUCGCGACCCCAACCGCCGCUACCUGAACCUCGGCAACGACCUAGCCACUGACGAUGCCCUGGUGGCGUACCAUCUCUCGGCCCGCAUCAUUGGUCCAUUUACUGACUACGCUGACUACGCUACCACUAAACCUAAAGGACCUGAUAACCAGUACGUCAUAUUCAAUGAGGUCCACGCUUACAUCAGAGUGGUGCCUCUGCCCAAUCCGGGGUUUGAGCUUAACCGAGCUCUGAUCGCUGAGGAACUGAGAAUCCUCUAUAAUCAGUUGCUUCGUGAUGUUAAAGACGCUAUCAAUGCCGGGAGACUGGUGGCUGAACCGCAGCGCCGUCCUCCCAGUAACUUUGCCCUGCCAUUAGGGUCUCCUCAUACCGAACGACCAUCGUUAUUGCCAACAACCAGUUCGAUGGACGUCGCUAAGAUCCAACAAGCCUACUACUCAAGUCCUCAGCCUACCGUCAAACCAAAGGAGUUUCGCGUGUUCUACCCAGUGAAAAAGCAGCUGGUAUUCCACAAAUCAAAAGUGGUGGGACUUGCGUCGUUCCUGACACCAAGAGUGGAUCACCGUGUCAGUUAUAUCCCCGCAUUGCCUAACAGUCCUCAUGGUCCUACUAAAGUGGAUAUCCCUUUAACCCUUGAGUUUAUCAGUCACGACGGCAAAGCAGGCGGCCAAGUACCUGAUUUCCGUCGAGUGCUGGUGGAAAUCGUCGCUCUUACCGUCAGAUCGAAGCGCAACCCGAUCCCCGUCGAUAUUGUCCCCGAGAUGAUGUUCAACGAUAAGGGGAAAAGCACCGAGAACUUCGAUAUGAUCACCAUCAAACGCUUCCAGGGCUACGCCACCGAGCUCUCCCGGCUCAUGAGAGAGUCCGGCGACGAGUUCCACAUCACCCUGGAACUUCUGGCCAACGUCAAGGCGAUGGCAAACUUGGCAGCCAAAUACCACACCCUCAAAGUGGACACUAUCACCUUAACCGAUGACGACGGCCUCGUGGUGCCUCAUAUCGGCAAUAUCCCCUGGACCUCGGCCGCUGAGGGCGCCAACCAGACGCGCUACUUGAAGAAGUUCCACCUCAAUUUCGAUAUACGCCGGGCCAAGUUGGUGAGUGCCGAUGGUAAGGAACUGGCAGGGCCGUUCCACCUCGUGCCCGACUUCCAGUCGUGUCUCCUCGCCCGGUUGUACUACAUCCGCAUCAAGUUCAAGAUGCCCAACGGCGAGAAAGUGUGCUUACAAGUGCCGUUGUUGAUUCAACGUAACGACGCAUAG